GAGGGGUUGACUGCAGGAGAGAGUUGAGCACAGGGCUGAGAUACUACAGCAUCCUCCCCUCUCUCUCUCUCCUCGUUUCUCCUCUCCACCUCCUGUCUACAUCACCUGGAGAGGAAAAAAAAGCACAACGAAAUGGUUUGUUAACGAAUGUGUGCGAUGGAUCAAUAGGAAUGAUGGAUACGCUUUUCUCCAUACUCCUCGUCCUCUUGGCUUCCCAUACCCAGUUGAUUGCCACCGCAGACAGGAAAUUCGGCUGCUUGUUUGAGAAUGGGCUGUGCUCGGCAUAUGAGACCUGCAAUAACGACGGAGUGUUCGGAAGGUGCCAGCAGGUCCCCGUGACAGACGUAUAUACAUACGAAGUGUCCCCGUCCGACUUGCAACAUCUGAGGACCCUCCUCCAGAAGCUCUCCCUCAGAGGUUUGAGUUGGCAAGAUGACACAACCCAGCAGGCAGUUUCCAAGGAGCUCUCCAAACUUAGGAGGGUUUCCUACAGACGUCCUGAGACCAGCGCUGCAGACGUUACUGGUAAAAGCAGAGUUGUGGGCGGAGAGAGGAAGCUGAAACCCAUGGAGACGGAGCUGAGCAGGUCCCUGCAGAAGUAUUUCCAGGCCCAAGGCUUUCUGCCCCGGCCUGCUGCCCAGGCCAACACUGGUCCCAAAGGGGAGAUGUCCUUCAACAAGGCUCUGUACCACGACAUCCAUCCAGCGACGGAGGCCUUUCCCCAGCUCCCAGCCAAGGCGCCCCCACCACCAGCAGCAGCACCAUCAGCCCUCUCCAGCAGUCCGCCAGACAAAUCCAGGGUGCUCCUCGCCGCCCUGGAGCAGUACAUGGGGAGAAAGCUGCCAGACAAAAGCACUGCCUUAGUUCACCCCAGUGGCCAGCCCAAGGGGCGUGUCUGGUACAACACUAAGUGGCGUCCCUCCCUAGGGACCCAGGUUGAGAGCGCAGGCAAAGGAAGGAUUCUACUCCGGCCGGUUGCAGAAGUUGCCAAACCUCAGAGACCCAAAACCGACAGACUUCUAAUCAAGGCAGGAUCCAGCCAACCAAUAGCUAAGGAUCCCCUCAGUGCUAUGGAUGAGAACUUCAUCCAGAAUGUGGUGAAACAGCUGGGUAGGCACAGUGUUAACGUGGAUGCCCUAGGUCCCAAAGAGGUGGACCAGCUGGCCGACAUCAUCGCCGAUGCCCUUCAGGUUGUGGACAGUGGUGGCGUCAAGGGUGUAGCGCCCAGAGCAGACCAGAGCGAGAUAAAAAGAGGACCUCCUUCCACCACGAGGCUGGAAGAGGACUCCGCAUCCCCAGAACAAGUAAUGGAGGAAGAAAAGCCAGACUCCACUGACAAGAAUGCGCUCUUCCUCAGUAAGCUGUUAGAGUACCUGGACAACAACACCUCCACCAGCGCUCCCCAGCCAGACGCCCGGGUGGUGGAGAGCCCUGCAGGGGCUGACGGGGCAGGCGUGGCCCUGGAGGAGCCCUUCACCGACGGCGGUGCAGUGGGGGUGGAGAACGUGAGGAGCAGGACCACUCAGGCGGAGGUCGCCGUGGAGAAGAAGGAGGCAGCGGCGGCAGAGGAUUCUGUGGAGGAGCUGUCUGAGGUAGAGCGCUGGAUCCAUGGCGCCGACCCACCCGCCGUGGACGCCGCCGUUGUGGAGGUGCCGCGGAGGAAGGACAUGCAUGUGGAAGAGGUGCUGAGGCUUAACGUCCAGUCCCUCUCGACCAGGGAAGGCCCGGGCGACUUUGGCUACAUCAUAACAGACACCGACUCUCUCAGCACCGACGAGGGCCUGCAUCUAAUGGAGCUCCUGGCUCGCCGCGCCAAGCUACGCAUAACAGACUUCCUGGACCUUUCAGUGCAGGGCCCAGCUGUCACCUUCAAAGUGCGCCCCAACCCUCAGAAAGUCUCCACCGCAGAUGUGACCAGUAUGGCAGUUCAGCAGAAAGACCAGCUGGAGAAAGAGGCAGGGGUGAGGAUCCUCGAGGCUGGAGUCAGUGACAAAAGCAAACUGAACCUUCAACCCACCAAGUACAGCCGAACGGAGUCGGCCAAGUUCCUGGUGCUGACAGUGGUCUCCAUAGUGUGUAUCAUUGGAGUGCUGCUGGGCUCUGGCGUGCUCUACUGCCAGCGCCAUCGCUCUCACCAGAAGCUGAAGGAGAAGCUUUCUGGCCUGGGGACUGACACCAGCACUGAUGCUACUGCCACCUAUCAGGAGCUGUGUCGGCAGCGCAUGGCUGUCAGGACGUCAGAGCGCCCGGAGCCUCUCCACACGUCGCGCAUCAGCAGCGUCUCGUCGCAGUUCAGCGACGGGCCCACGCCCAGCCCCUCCGCCCGCAGCAGCACCUCCCUCUGGAGCGAGGAACCCGCGCAGUCCAACAUGGACAUCUCCACCGGUCACAUGAUCCUGUCUUACAUGGAGGACCACUUGAAGAACAAGAACCGCCUGGAGAAAGAAUGGGAGGCCCUGUGUAGCUAUCAGGCUGAGCCUAAUGCCUGUACCAUUGGGCAGAAGGACCAGAACACCAAGAAGAACCGCUCUGAUUCCGUGGUCGUGUAUGAUCACAACAGAAUUACCCUGAAGGUUGAAAACAACCACGCAAAUUCAGACUACAUCAAUGCCAGCCCAAUCAUGGACCACGACCCUCGCAAUCCGGCCUACAUUGCCACUCAAGGCCCGCUGCCCUCCACUGUCGCCAAUUUCUGGCAGAUGGUGUGGGAGAAUGGCUGCGUGGUCAUUGUCAUGUUGACACCCAUUGCAGAGAAUGGAGUCAAGCAGAGCUACCACUACUGGCCUGAUGAGGGUUCAAACCUCUACCACAUCUAUGAGGUAAACCUUGUGUCAGAGCACAUUUGGUGUGAGGACUUCCUGGUGAGAAGCUUCUACUUAAAGAACCUGCAGACCAAUGAGACACGCACCGUGACACAGUUCCACUACCUGACCUGGCUGGACCAGACUGUUCCGGACUCGGCGAGGACUCUCUUGGACUUCCGCAGAAAGGUUAACAAGUGCUACAGGGGUCGGUCUUGCCCAAUAAUAGUCCACUGCAGUGAUGGAGCCGGGAGAAGUGGAACGUAUAUUCUGAUUGACAUGGUUCUCAAUAAGAUGGCUAAAGGUGCUAAAGAGAUUGAUAUUGCUGCCACCCUGGAGCACUUGAGGGACCAGAGACCUGGCAUGGUCCAGACAAAGGAGCAGUUUGAGUUUGCAUUGACAGCUGUGGCAGAGGAGGUGAACGCCAUACUCAAAGCGCUUCCGCAAUGAAAGCUGCAAGCUGUCCCACGCUCCCACAGCGACCACUCCUCUCCUUUCUUCUCCCCCUUCCCGUCUUUGUGAAUGUCGUACCAGAAACGUGACCUGAUCUUAACUGUGUUGUAAUCCGUUAGAAGCUGUUUCCAAGAAAAAAAAAACGUGUCAGUGCUGGUAAUCAAAACUUAUUUUCAAAGAUAUGGAGUGUUUCUCUCUGUAAAUGAAAUAAAAACUAUAAUGUGCAUCAGAAUAUUGGUUUUUAGAUGUGUGUACAUUAUAUCAUAAUUUUGGAUCAGUGCAUUUAUUGAGACCAGUUUAGGGAGAUGCAGCAGGAAAUUCUAUUGACUUUUCGAGUUUUCAAACUUGAAUGUUAUAGCCUUGAAUUUACUGUUAAAUUCUGUACCUUACCAUGUAUUAUUGGCUAUUACUGUUACAGUAUAUAGGGUGGACUGUGUGUGUUUAUGGAUCUAGUAUAAGAGACAUAUAACAUGAAUAAUUUUCACCCGUCACUGCAUUAAUUAAAAUAUAUAGUGAUAAAUGAGGAAAUCUGAGUAAAAAUAAAAUGAAGAAGCAAUAUAUUUAGUCAGAUGAUCAGGAUUUUGGCAAGUAAUUUAUAUGAACGUUUGCAAUUAGUUUCUAUCUUUCAUUUGUGUGACCCGUGUGUAUUAAUUAUAAAAAUCACCCUAUGUACAAAUUUAUCCAUACAGUGGUGAGAAAAACAGGUUACAAAAAAUUGUACAAUGAUAUAAUCAUUUGUGUGUAAAUAGUAUAAUUCCUGCCGAUUAAUAAUAAACCUUCAUUAUGGUUUAUUCAUG